GUCAUGCAGGUGAGGAGCGUAAAAAGGGCGGAUUAUGUUGCUAAGAAAGGAAGGGGAAAACCUUCCCUUCCUCUUCAAGCUUUCUCUAUUUAUUUAUCCUAAUCCCAUUCCCUUCUGUGCAUUCAGUCACCAACCCAAUCCCAUAGAAAGGGACACAGAGCUUUUGCGACUGCAACUCUACACAUUUAUCCAAAUUCUCUUGCCCCUUUAUCAUAUGUUGAAUGCUUCAUCGGGAAGCACUCUCUGUCUUCGUUUUGUUCGAAUUUACUCUUCGUCUGGUGCCUUUGCGUGUUGAACAAGGCCUUUGAGCCUUGCCCUUUUCUUUAACAAUGGGGAAUUGCCUUAACCACUCCAAGAAAUCGAAUGCUGAGAUAGCUCCUUUUGAUUUUAUCAAAUCCACCACCGCUAUUAAGUUGUAUGGCUCUCCCACCGCGGCCUGCACUGCUUACAUUCGCUUCGCACUCCUCUACAAGACACUUUCUCUCGAUUUUGUCCCCACCACUGACACCCCCGAUAGCCAACUGGUCCUCCAAAUCGGGUCUAAAACCGUUUCGGGGUCUCGCGAGACACUGCUCCGGUUUAUAGAUGCGAAAUUGCCGCAGCCGCCAUUGAUGUUGCCGGAGAUUGAGGGUUUUGGUGAAACGACUCCAUGGAUAAUGAGGGCGGUGGUGUUGCAACAUCGGAGUAUGAGGUGGCACCUGGAGAGGUUAGUAAAUUGGGGAGAGGAUUUGACGACACGUGGAGGGAGGAAGACUGUAGAUCCGGCGAUGGGUAGUCCUAGGAUGGAGAUAAGAAAAUUUAGCAAGAGCUACUCCCAGUUGCUCGAGAUCAUGCUUGAACACGCGCAGAUGGAGGAGCGCGUGGUUUUUCCUAUCCUGGAAAUGGCUGAUCGAGGGAUAUGCAGAGCUGCAAAUGAAGAGCAUGCAAGGGAUCUACCUAUCAUGAAUGGUAUCAAAGAAGACAUCAAAUCCAUUGGAGUUCUUGAUACCGGAAGCCCCGACUACCGAGAAGCUCUCUGCAACCUUUCUACUCGGCUGAAAUCAUUACUGGAACACUGUAAAGAACACUUUGAGGAGGAGGAGAAAGAUUUACUGCCAUUGAUGGAGGCUGUGGAGCUGAGCAAAGAGCAGCAACUAAAGGUAUUGGAGCAGUGUUUUGAUCUGAUGCACGGAACUGAUUCACAUUUGUUCAACUUCCUAAUUGAAGGUCUUCUCCCUUGGGAAGCAAUGCAUUACUUAGAUUUGAUCUUAACAUGCAAAGACGAAGAAAAGGCAGCCUCCAUGCUUUGCAGUAUCAUUGAAUGAGACAUAGAAGUUGGUUCCAUCUUAUAUGGUACAUAUACGAUGACAAGAAUGGAUUAUAGAAUUUGACAUAUUGUUACUUGACAUAAUCAAGAUAUGGGAUUUAUGAAUUUCAACAUGUUCAUAGAACGCAUGAUGUUUUCUUUACUCUUAACUACAGGGAAUAAAUUGAUGUCAGUUUGUAAUCCUUACCCUCCAUUUGAAAUAAAAAAUUUCACAAAAAUUCAAUUGAACUGAUUUUUUUAUCAUAAUUAUCUUAUUUGGAAUGAAAGAAUUCAAUUUUUUUUAACUGAAAUUUUUCAUUCGAGAAGAAGUUGAAAUCUUGCAUGAUUUUUAUAAGAAUUUAUUUGAAUUAUCCUUUACAAACUGAAGCAUACCAAAGAAAGAGUUAGUGUUUAUAUACUAGAGUUAUAAUGAUAUUUGUUAGUUUGUAAUAGUAUUUGAAGAAUGUUCAUACUGUAUAUAAAAGAGAUUUGCCUCGGAAACGCAGCCUUAAAAUGUAGGAUGCUUUUAUAUUGAAGUGUAAACUGUCUUCGUUAUUUUUUCUAAUACCCUUAAUGAUGGUUUUGAGCUUCAGUUUUAUUAUUGGAAUUGAUUAUUCAGCAAGCAUUAAAAAAUUCUCUGCUUUACCAUUCUGGAACCUUAUUUAUUGUCUUCUAGUGAGGUACUCAACUGUGGAUAAUAAUAAAUAUGUAAAUGCACAUUAUAUCGUAUUAAAUAUAUUUUUUAUAAUUAAUAAAAUAUUAAAUUUUAAUGUGGUUACUUUAUAAGUUUGAUUAUGUUCUGGUAUACACUGUUUUGGUGUAUUUGAUUAAUUUGAUUAUGUUCUUCAUCUUUUGAGAGUGAGACCGUGAGAUUGAGACACUGGUGCCUAUUUGAGCAACGAACAGCUCUCGAUUCUAAAACUAACCUUCAACUUGAAACCGAUUUUAUAAUAUUUUUCAAUGUUCUCAUUUAGAGUAAUUAACAGAAGGUGAUUUGAAUAGUAUCAUGCAUAUAUAUAUAUAUAUAUAUAUGGUUCACAAGCUGCAGAGCGCAGGCUUAUUGACUUGCAAGAAUUGGUAUUACAGAAAGGCUGCAAACAGGAAUCCACGAACGAAAGUUUCUGUUGCAGUUAGCAGCACUGCAGUGGGGGUUUUGGUGGCGAUUAUUAUUAGCAGCACCGGCUACUAUAACAGGGUUAGCUGCUGUUCCUCCUUGUGAAUUGCCAUUGCCAUUUCCAUUUUCAGCUGGCCCAGCAUUUGCUCCUCCAUUUAUGCCUGCCCCAGUUGAUCGAUGGCUGCUGCUAUGCAGAAUGCCACUUCUUCCAUUGGUUGGCAGUGCUGGAUAAGCAGAUUGCUCCAAGGAAUUAAUGACAGAAAUAGUGACCGGUCACUCCACUCUGUCAGGGAUAAGUACUGGUAGUCUG